GUUUCAAUACCCCUCGUUCUCUCUCCCCGCCCCGCUUUGCUGAUUGUGAACUAACUGCUGCAAUUUUGGAAGUCAAUCGGGCUUGAGUGCUUGGCUACCUAAACAAGCUUCACAUGCAAUUGGCUGACUUGGAUCAUUAAAGAGUAGCACUCUGAGAUUGAAGAACUAAAGCAUGAGAAGAAAAAGAAACCAUUUUCCACCAGUUAAGUUCUUUUGACAUUUCAGGUGUCUCAUGUUGUGUAAGAAGGAAGAAGAAGAAGAAGAAGAAGGAAUUGCGAAUAAUUUGCUGUAAACUUAAUGCAUAGCUGUGAGAAUAUGCAUAUGCAAGUGCUGAUUUAUUUGCAAAUAAGAAAUCGGUGAAGGCUCUUGAAGUUUCAGCUGCCCAAGUAUAUUCUUCAUCUUUCGUAUCUACUUCUUUCUCGUAGCGGAGUGUCCUACUUGCAAGGAGGUUGAUUCCCUGAAUAAUUUAGAAUUCCGUUGGUUGAAGAGGAUGUGCAGCUCGUAGAGGCUUUGGUGAAACUUGAUUAGAAGGCAGAAAAUUCAGGGGACCAAAGCUGGAAAAGUGAACGGUAGUCAAGAGCAGCCAGAAUAUUGGCAUAUGGCAAUUAUUCUUCUCUAUAACAUAUGUGGGCAUCCAUCCCACUUUAAUCAACACAGCUCGGCAUGUCUUGUAUGUUUUGGCUUUCGAGGCUAGUGGGAUUUUUCAAUUUUUAUUGAAUUGUUCUUUUUGUGCUCAUGGGUCCUAUAAGAGUCCACAAGAAGAGGAAAGUAGACAAGAAAAUGGAACCAAGCAAUAUUGCUUCUGGGUCUUCAGAGGAGGCCUCUGCUGAUUGGUUUGAUGCUUUAGCCAAGAAGAUUGCGAGUAAUCUAAAUUCAUCUCCGUCAAAGGGCUUGGAUAGCUUUGAAUCUAUGUUCAACAUGUCUAGAAAAACUUUUGAAUAUGUAUGUUCGCUUGCAAGGGAGCACAUGAUGGUGAAGACUCAUUGUGCUUUUAGCAAUGGUAAGCCAAUGUCACUAUAUGAUCAAGUUGCUUUAGCCUUGAGAAGACUUAGUUCUGGUAGUUCACUUAUUACAAUUGGUGAUUCAUUUGGGACACAUCAUUCUACGGUGUCUCAAGUGACUUGGAGGUUUGUGGAGGCCAUUGAGAGGAAGGGAAUUCAGCAUAUCAGAUGGCCUUCCACAGAAAAUGAGCUAAUGGAGAUAAAGUCCAAAUUUGAACAGAUUCGAGGCCUUCCAAAUUGUUGUGGAGCAAUUGACACCACUCAUAUCGUAAUGCUGUUAUCGACAUCUGAGCCAAGAACUGAUGUAUGGUUGGAUUCAAAGGAGAAUCACAGUAUGCCUUUGCAGGCAAUAGUUGGUCCCAACAUGAAGUUCCUGGAUGUAUUCAGUGGAUUGCCUGGAAUGUUUAGUGAAAGUUCACUGAUACGGUAUUCAAGCUUCUAUAACAAAUGUCAGAAUGGAGAGAGGUUAGGGAAGAAAGUAAGACUAUCCGAAGAAGCUGAAUUGCAGGAAUAUAUAAUUGGUGAUUCAGCGUAUCCGUUGCUGCCUUGGCUUCUGACUCCUUAUCAGGGAAAAGAACUUUCACAAACGAAAGCUGAUUUCAAUAAGCGUCUCUUUGCAACUCAUAUUGUGGCACAGAGAGCAUUAGCAAGGUUGAAGGACGUCUGGAAGAUCAUAAAUGGAGUUAUGUGGAGACCUGACAAGCACAAGCUUCCAAGGUUCAUACUUGUUUGUUGCAUUCUCCAUAAUAUUAUCAUUGACAUGGAAGAUGAGGUACUUGAUGAUAUGCCAUUAUCCCACCACCAUGAUCCAGGAUAUGGACAGGUGGUCUGCAAUUCAGCUGAUGAGACUGCCUCAGUUCUGAGGGAUAAGCUCACUCUAUACCUGUCAGAGAGAAGGCAUCCUUGAAUAUUUCAUACCUUUGAUGAUUGAAAAGAGAAGGCUAUAGGUGGAAGGCCAUUUACUGUGAACUUGCAAAUGCAAACCUGAAAUUGGUGUCCUUAUGCUGUAUAACAAGAGUUUGCUUGGUACUAUUCAUCUCUUUUCGACUGCUUGUUUUGGGGUAUUUCAGUCAUUUUAGAUAGGUGGCUUAGUAUUUUUUAGCUUUGAGUACUAGUGGUAAGAGCAAAGAGUGUUGGAAUUAUGCUUUUGCCCUUAAUUUUGUUUCAAUGUGGCUGUUGCACAUCAGAUGAUUAUAAUGAUGGGCAGAUGCUUGGAUGGAAUUACUUUAAUGUCUCUCAGUGAGCCUUUUAAAGCAUUUCGGUUAUUAAAGUCUCCAGCUUUUUGUAAUUUGGAAUUCCUUAUUGAAUGUCUAUUAGGUUUGUCUUGCCACCAUUA